AUUAAGAAGUUCAUCCCAAGUUCUUAAUUCCCCCCUUGAACACUAUUCCUCUAUAAAGCUAGGCAACCUCUCCUGAACCUUUUAGCAAUCAAAUAUGCAAGUCAUGGCUUGCAAGAAGUGUCUUGAGGUGCGAUCAAGAUCUUCCUUUCCUUCCCCUCCCAUGCUUCGACUUUGUAUGAUUUCGCAAUCCUGCUGUCGGUAGCUUUCCAUUUUUUGACACAUAGUCGAUGGAGUAGCAUGGAAGAUGGCCAUGAGGUCAAGAGCUGUGAAAUCCCUUUGUUGUAGCAAAACAGGUUCAAGAGCGUCGAUGAAGCAUCAAGAAUCAUGCAAGAGAUGGAUACUAGACCCCGAAAGCCUUUCAUUCAUAGUGUGGAAUCGCGUCUUCCUUGUUUCAUGCUACAUCGCUUUGAUCAUCGAUCCGAUGAUCUUCUACUGGCCUAUGAUCAAGGUCAUCGCCGCCGAUGGCUCUUCGUGCAUCGACUUGGAUCGGAGAUUGAGUGUUUCGAUCACUUUGAUGAGCUCAGUAACCAAUCUAUUCUAUCUACUUAACAUGGUAGUAAAGUUUCACACUGCAUACACCGCACCCAAUUCGAGAGUAUUCGCAAAGGGGGAGCUUGUCGUGAACCGGAAACUGAUCGGAAGACGGUACAUCAAGUCAGAUUUCUCCGCAGAUUUAGCCGCAUCGCUGCCUCUCACUCAAGCUGUCACUUGGCUUCUGAUUCCAGAAGCAAGAAACUCCAGCAACGUGAUGGUGACUUUGAUCAUCCUUGUUCAGUAUUCACUGAGAUUGUACCUCACCUACACUUUGACUGAUCAGAUCAUAGAAGCCACUGGUGUGAUCACCAAGAGUGCCUGGGGAGGAGCUGUAUACAAUCUCCUGCUGUACCUCCUCGCCAGUCAUAUAAUAGGAGCGAUAUGGUACCUGUUUACGAUAGCAAGGCAGAUGACAUGCUGGAAAGAAGAGUGCCUGAUGGAGGGAACGAACAGCAGCAGGAAUGGAACGACCUGCGAAUUCAGGUUUCUGGACUGCGACUUCUCCGGUUUGACGGAGAGGCAGGUCUGGGCGAACGGCACGCGGGUUUUUGCCAACUGCGAUGCUAAGAACUCAAGCAUCGCCUUCCACUAUGGCAUCUUCUUGAAUUCUCUGAGCUUUGGGGUUCCCUCUGUCAACUUGGGGGAUAAGUAUUGCUAUGGCCUCUGGUGGGGGUUUCAACAGUUGAUCUCCAAUGGACAGAAUAUGGUGAACAGCACCUUCUUCGGGGAGACGCUGUUCUCUAUAGGCAUCGCCAUGGUCAGCCUCAUUUUAUUUGCUCAAUUGAUCGGGAACAUGCAGACGUAUUUGCAAUCCAUCAUCGCGAGAGUGGAAAAAUGGAGGCUGAGGCAAGGAGACACGGAAGAGUGGAUGCGCCACCGCCAGCUUCCGCCUCACUUUCGCCGUCGAGUCCGCCAGUUCUAUCGGUCCCAGUGGCUCGCCACCAGAGGAGUCGAUGAGGAAUCCAUACUCCGAGGCUUGCCUUCCGAUCUCCGCCGCGAUAUCAAGCACCACCUCUGCAUCGAUCUCGUCCGACGCGUUUCUUUCUUCUCCGAGAUGGAUGACGCUCUCCUCGACGCUAUCUGCGAGCGGCUGGUGUCGUUCCAGAGCGCCGCCGGCACGGUGCGGGUGCGGGCGGGCGACCCGGUGACGGAGAUGCUAUUCGUGAUCCGCGGGAAGCUGCGAAGCUCCGCCGCUGGUGGACGCGGCGGCCGGUCGGGGCACCACGGCUCGACCAUCCUGGGGCCGGGCGACUUCUGCGGCGAGGAGCUGCUGCCGUGGGCGCUGCACCCGGCGCCGUCGCAGUCUCCGUGCCGGCUACCGGUCUCCGCGCGCACGGUGACGGUGGCGGUGCAAGCGGAGGGCUUCGCGCUGCGGGCGGAAGAUCUCCGGUUCGUGGCGAGCCAGUUCAGGAGGAUGCACAGCCAGAGGCUGCAGCACGCGCUCCGGUACUACUCGCACCAGUGGCGCGCGUGGGCGGCGUGCCUAGUGCAGGCAGCGUGGCGGCGGUACCGGAGGAGGAAAGCGGCCAGGGAAUCGGGGCAGUGGGAGUCAUUCGUGUCGAGAUCGGACGAGGUGGAAGGCGGGAACGGCGGAUGUUGCAGACACCAGGAGGAUGGUUUUGGCGGGAGCGGAGAUUUGAGGUGCGACAGCCGUACAAGUUCCCGCGGGAAAUUUAGAAGAGUAGAAACGAUGGCGAUGGCCAAACCGGAGAAGCCACACGAGCCUGAUUUCUCUAUUUUUCUCCAUGGCUGA